AUGAUAUUCCCCAUCGUCAACGGGAUGCUGGCCCAAAAAACAACACAGCUACACGGAGCACUAGCCAGACGCAACACUUCUUUCUCCACAGCAACUCCUUUUCCAUUCCCGACCAAGUCUCAAUGGAGCCCCGGCGACAUCAGUACUCUCGUCUUCGGCUGCAUUGCUUCAGUCCUUGGAGUGCUUACCCUUUGGGCGACAUUUUGGCUAGGUCGUCGACGCGCUUUGCGUGUGGUUGGAAACGACGAAUGCCGUGAGUUUGGGGCCACGUUCGACAGCGAUCCAUCUCUCGAGCACGUCGUCCUUGAGCGAGGCCCAUAG